AUGAAUCCGUCAACAUUUUCCGGAAAUUUUUUAUUCAGUAGUCCAACAAAUACCAGAAGCAAAAGUAAUGCAUGUCAUUUUAUCGAUAUAUUCGAUUUUAUUUUUGUCGCACAUCCCGAUUCCGGACGUACUGAAGGUAAAGAAAGUGAACGAGUAUUUUAUUUCAACAGUCCGCAAAAUGAAUCAAUGGAAAAACAGACGCAGAUAACAGGUUUUGCGGAAGCAGUUGUUAAUUUCACUGAAAACUUCACUGAAAAUAAGGACGAAUCGGAAUUCCAAUAUCGUUAUGUAAAUACUUCCAAACAGUUACAUGUGUAUGUUCAGGUUGAAUCUGGAAAAUUUAUUAUUGGAACUGGUGUAAACAAAGAACUUAGCAUCAAUGAAGAUUACGUUCUGCGAGGUUCAGCUAUCAAAGCAGUGCUAAUAACGGCUUACAAAAUGUUUCGUUUAUUUUUUGGUCCAUUCUCUCGACUUGUGACAGAUAAUUCAAUACAUUUGAAGGAUCGUCUGGAAUAUUUCUUCUCACGUUACCUCCCACAACUUCGUCUUCAUCAUAUGCCUUUACUGGAUGUAUUUUGUGGUGUUGAUUAUUUAUCAUUAGACAGUACAAAUUAUUUACGAAUUGAGAAUCUUUUGGAUGAUUUAGUGGAAACUUUUCCUCAAAUUUCGAAAACUGUAUUCUUUUAUCAAGAACGCCUAAUAACCUAUAAUGUUUCUAAAACCGAUUUACCUAUACUUUAUCGAUACCUCACUCAGCACCUUCUUAGUAGAUCGUUGAAAGAAGAAUUGCAACCUGAAAAAUUUAGCAGGAGGGAUUCAGUCCAUCGAGGGAAAUUUUUGACAGGUUUAGUGGUGCCAUCUAAAAAUCGAUCAAUCAACGACAAAUGUGGUGCUAAAUUACCAAUUGUUUAUUUAUGUGAUGAUGAUGAUGAACGAAGACUUGCACCCUAUGAAAUGAUUGUUUAUCGUGCUUUGAAUGCUACAGUUUGCAUGUUUAUCCAGAAAAGUAUUGAUGCCCAAUUUCUACAGCAGUUGGAUGAUUAUCUUGGACCGGAAUUAACUGCGUUAGCAUCUCUCAUUGCUGAAUCGUAUAAUAAUUUGAAUGAUAUAUCAAGGAAAGAGAAUGAGUUUCAUUUUGUGUAUUUCAAUCCAGAAAGUUUGAGCCUUAAAACGAGUUUAAUGGAAAAUAUUGACUCUAACCGCAGCUCAAAUUUGCCUUCUGUGCCGUCUUCAGUGUACAAAUCGGUUUGUGACUUGUUUGAUGAAUUCUUAGAAAACAAUGAUUUUGGCGAGACAUCAGCUAGAUUGGAUACUGAUUGGUGGCUUAUUGUCAAGAAAGUAAACAAACGAUUUUUACUGCUCAUAUUGCGAAGUGCUACACUUACUGCAUCGGCUGAAGUGCAACAAUAUGUUAAUGAUAUUAUCAAAAUUAACUUCGAUACUGUAUUUUUGUUUUAA